GAUUCGAAGCUUUUAGGGCAACAAAUAACCUACAAGACUCCAUCAAAACUUCCCAAAUUACAUAUUCUUCAAUAACGAACAAUCUUCCACUACCAGAAAGCCUUCCAUUGAUUGAUUGUAUCACUUCUCGGCGUUUCAGAGUAACAAUUGAAAAAUAGGUUUCUUUUACAGACCCCUUCUGAAUUCAUAUUCAAAUAGUGAAUGGCCCAUUAACAUUUACAACACAUUUCUAUAAAAUAUAGUUUUUUUUUUUAAAAAGAAACACCCAAAAUACAAGCUGUCGGAUCUGUCCAGCUUGCCCUCUGUGGUCAAACCAAAGUAGAACCCCCAAUCUGUCACCAAGUUUUCUUCUCCUCUGAUCGAUCUUACCUUCUUUUUUUUUUAAUUUUUUUUAUUGAACUUCAAUCAGGAAUGGUUUCAGGGGUUGCUGUUGUGUUGCUGAUUGGUUUUUUGGGGAUGUUUUAUCAGGCCAAGCAACUUCCUCCUCCUUCACAAAUUAAUGGAUCUUCUUCAUCUUCAAAUAAUCUUCCUGUUUCUUCUCAGAGAAUCAAACUCACUGAUGGAAGAUAUCUUGCUUAUACAGAGAGAGGUGUUUCAAAGGACAAAGCUAAUUUCAAAAUCAUCGUCUCCCAUGGCUUUGGAAGCUCCAAAGACAUGACUAUUUUAGCAUCUCAAGAACUGAUUUUUGAGUUGGGGAUUUACUUUUUACUCUAUGAUCGACCUGGAUAUGGCGAAAGUGAUCCAAACCCCAAUAGCUCAGUUAAAAGUGAAGCUUACGACAUUCAAGAAUUGGCUGACCAAUUGCAAAUUGGAUCUAGAUUUUAUCUCAUCGGCGUCUCGAUGGGAUCUUAUUCGGCUUGGAGUUGCCUCAAAUACAUACCAGAAAGGUUAGCAGGCACGGCUCUUAUAGUACCUUUAGUGAAUUAUCAAUGGCCUUCACUUCCAUUUAGUCUCAUAAAAGAGGAUUACCGAAGAAAGCUUUUGAAAUUAGGAUUGUGGCUUUCAACUUAUACUCCUGGGCUUUUACAUUGGUGGGUGAGUCAGAAUUGGAUUCCUUCAACUUCUGUACUCGAAAAGAAUCCAGUUUUCUUCAACGAACGAGAUAUCGACAUCUUAAAGACGAUUCCUGGCUUCCCGAUGCUAUCCAAGAGGAUGUUAAAGGAGCAACGCGUUUUCGAUACACUUCGAAGUGAUUUCAUGAUGGCAUUUGGAAAAUGGGAAUUUGAUCCACUUGAAUUAAGUAACCCAUAUGGUGGAAACGAGAGUUCGGUUCAUAUUUGGCAAGGUUGUGAAGACAAAGUUGUGCCAGUGGAACUCCAAAGAUAUGUUUCAAGGCAGCUUCCAUGGAUUGAGUAUCAUGAAGUUAUUGAUGGUGGGCAUUUGAUUAUUCAUUACGAAGGUUUAUUUGAUACCAUUUUGAGGUCACUUUUACUCGGAGAAGAAGCAGUUUCUUAUAGACCAAAACCUUUUACACCAAAAUUUAUGUCUUGAAAUUUAAUGUUUGAGUAGCUGAUUCUUUAAGAGAAACAGAGAAGUGUUAUAGAAUUUAGUUUUUUUUUUCUUUUUUCAGGAAGAGAGAAAAAAAGGGUGUUGAAAUGAAUUGCUUUGAUGUGUUAGGUUGUGGAAGAAAACAAGACAUUCUUGUCUAAUUCAUUAUUCAUUGGAUUUUGUUUGUUUCAUGUUUAGACA